AUGUUUCAGUUGGCACGAUAUUCGAGAUCACAGUAUAUUUUCAGCAUCCUUAUGAGUAGUUCCCUUUAUGAAACCGGGAGGGAAGAUAAAUCCGAUGGCGUGGAGCCGUGUAAUACCACGGAUGGCUCCGAUCCCGGCUAUUUGAAAUCAAUGAGUACGUUCAAACUAGCCAGUUUGCUUUGCAAACUCGAAAAACAUACAACACUGUUGGGUGUAAUAAAGUUUAAAACGUUGAAUGUUUCUGAAAACUUUUCGAUAGUCCGCGACCGGUUUAACUAUUCUUGGGGAUCAUCAGAUAAGCGCAUUCUCCAAGUUUCCAUCAACCUUCUGUACUACUUGAAUCCAAAUUGCACGAAACACGACAGUUACACUCAUUUGCAUACCAAUUA